AUGACCCAUGAUCCCGCGGCCGCUUAUUACCCACUUGAGGAGGCCUAUACUCGGAACCUUGCUCUCGAGCCUCUUCAAGAAUUAUACGAAAAACGAAGGAUUACUUUCCAUCGUGUCGUUUGGCUCAAGGGAUUCACGUGUCCGAAUGAUAUUUUCGAAACGAUUAAAGUCAGUCAGGCGAACAAUGCGGCCAUGGUGUGUGGUAUGGAUUGGGCGGAGCACAAUGGAUUUUUCAUUUUCUCGGAUCGAUGGAGAACACGCGACAUGGAUGGGGACCAGUUCCGCCAGUCCAAGUCUUCGGCCUCGUCCGCUUCCGGUCCCCCACGAGAUGCACUCGGCGCGAAACGUUAUGCAGCCCACUUGCCAUUCCAAGUUUUUUGCUGUGAAUCCGGAACCCAUAUCGUCGACCCUGUCCAAUCCUAUUACCGUGGUAUUUCCUAUCGUAGCUCAAUGAACUUCCACAAUCUCUCGACUUCAGAGAGUGCACCCGUUUGGGACCCCGAAGGCCCUUGCAUGGAUUCGAGCCAGAGCUGGUUCUGUCGUGAUUUGUGGGCUUCGGCUGCGAAAGAGGGCGGUGGAGGAGAUAAAGGCAAGGAAGUAUAUCCUGUGGAAGAUAAGGAUACUUCGGGACGCAACGCUCCUGCAAAACGGCAAGUCGAAGAGCCCAAAAAGGACGACGAGAAACCCAAGGACAAUAAGGCUGAAGAGAAACCUAAAGACGACAAAGCCCCUCCUCCACCCCCAGGUCGCCCCGAAAAAGCAAACCCUGAGUCGGACUCUGAUUCAGAUACUGGAUCGGACUAUGACGCCCUCUCGGGGCCUUCCCCACCCCGAGUGCAUAUCCCUCCGCCCUCGAUUCCCAACUCAGUAUUUCAGCCUGCGAGGAUCUUGAUUAACCCUCGAUGCGUAACGACAUACGCAGGAGUCAGCCAUACCAAACUUGCUGCUGAUUUGUUCGGAGAAGAAGAAAACGAAGCCGGAAUGCCCAAACAUGAGCAUGACAAGAAUUCGAGGUACGUCUUGGACGAUUGGAUGGGCGCACCUGGCGCGUUUGUAUGUCAAGAACAGAGGCAAACGGGAGGCCGAAAAGCAAUCAAGACGCAAAGACGGCUUGGGUUCUCAAUCAAUGCCGAGUUGCAGGCGGACAAGUCUAAUUGA